UCAUAUCAUUAUAAUAAUAAUACCCUAAGUAUGAAAUGAAACAUAUCUCGCCGUUCAUAAAAGACACCGCCGUUUGACUAGUAUAUCACAACCAACCUUACAUUUCCACAUACAUAAAAAGUUUAUCAUCCUGAUAACACGUGUUUAUUCAUAUUCAUUCAUUUCUUACACUUAUCAAAACCUUACAUAAACCACCAAAUCCAUUUCUCAUUACACAUUCUUCUCUCAUUCUCUCUUUCUCUCUCUCUCAUUCUCAUCUUCUUUCCUCUUCCACUCAUGGCGGCUAUAGAAGAGUUACCUUCUUCCAUUCCUCAACCUUCUUCCAAGGAAAAAGUGCUUCCUUUAACUGAUAGUAUGAUGGAAAGGGGUUUAGGGAGAUUUGGUUGGUUAGAGUUUGUGCAGUGCAUUCUUGUUUCAUUUGCAAUGUUCUUUGAUGCACAGCAAUCGUUCUUAGCUAUCUACACCGACGAUUACCCGACUUGGCAUUGCACGAAUUCGACCAUGUGUAACUCAGAUUCUAAUAUCUGUGAUAUCCCUAAAUCUUCAUGGUCAUGGGAUGGACCGUCGCACAAAACAGUGAUAUCUCAUUGGAAUCUUGAAUGUGCCAGUAGCUUCGUAACAGGUUUACCGCAAUCUUCGUUCUUUAUUGGUUGCCUUUUCGGCUCGUUUCUUCUUGCAACUUUAGCGGAUACUUCACUUGGAAGAAAGAACACGCUUGUUUUCUCUGGUUUAUCGAUGUCUAUAUUUUCAAUUCUCAUAGUUUUCUCAACCAAUAUUUGGAUUUACUCUGCUUUUAAAUUCGUCAUUGGCUUUUUGCGUUCAUCAAUUGGAACUUGUGUUUUAGUUUUGUUGACCGAGAAAGUUAGUACCGAGUGGAGGUUCACCGUUGGUAUUGUGGAAUAUUUCUGCUUUACAUUAGGGUAUAUGUCACUACCUGGUAUAGCUUAUGUCAACAGAUUUAACUCAUGGAGAUCGGUUUACAUCUGGACAUCGGUUCCUGCUAUUUGUUACUCGAUUCUUGCUUAUAUCUUUGUUACCGAGUCUCCUAGGUGGCUUCUAAUGCAAGGAAGACAUCAAGAAGCCAUGGCAAUGCUUACAGGAGUUUCUUCGUUAGAGAAUGGUAAUGAUUUGACAGUAGGUUUAAUAGAAGCUCCGGUGAAUAAACAAAAGGCUUCAAUUUUCCAACUCUACUCAUCGAUAGCCGAGUUGUUUGGGAGAGGUUGGGCUUUAAAGAGAAUUGUGGCGAUCAUGGUGCUCGGUAUUGGAAUUGGAAUGGUGUAUUUUGGUAUGCCAUUAGCAGUUGGGAACUUAGGAUUCGACAUCUAUUUGGCUGUUGUGUUCAGUGCCUUGAUGGAAAUACCGUCUUGUGUGGCUACCUAUUUCUUGGAGAAUCGCCGAAGAAAACCUUCAAUUCUUGUAUUCUCAGUAGCUAGUGGCGUAUGCUGUAUAAUGUGUGUUGUUGUUGGAUUAGGAAUACCUGAAAUUAGAGUUGGAUUAGCCAUGGCAUCGUUUUUCAGUGCUUGCACAGCUUAUAAUGUGUUUCUCAUUUACAUUAUUGAGCUAUUUCCAACAAGUGUGAGGAACACUACAACAUCAUUGGUGAGACAAGCUAUUGUUUUUGGCAACAUUUUCACUCCCUUCUUGAUAUCUGCUGGAAGGAAAAACGACAUUUUCUCUUACGGUGUAUUCGGAGUAGUUAUCAUAUUGUCGUGUGUUACGUUGCUCGGCUUACCAGAGACAAGAGGAUUAGCUCUUUGCGAUACCAUGGAUCAACAAGAGAAGAAAGACGAUAUGUCGGGUUAAAAUUGGUAAAGUCUGUUUACAAUGUUUCAUUUGUUGAUUGUUAGCAGGAGAGACUUUACAAUGUUUCAUUUGUUGAUUGUUAGCAGGAGUUGUUAAUUUAACUGAAAUGUUGAUUUUGUCUCGAUUUUGAAAUAAAUACUUGAUAUUUGAUUUGUGACGAAUGCUUUUGGUUGUUGUAUAUUUAGAGAUGUUUCUUUGACAAUUGUACUUGAAACAUCUUAUGGUAAUGAAGCUUAUGUUCUGAUAA